AUGAAUUUAUUAUCAAAUAAAGAUAUUCAAAAGACAUUUAAAAAUUUUAAAUAUAAUAAAAUUAUUUCUUGUGUGUUAAUUAUUUUUCAAAAGGAAAAAAUAGGCCAAUGUCAUGUUUAUUCAUAUCCAUAUCAAUUAGAAUAUUAUGAUAUUAUAACAAAUAAUUUUUUAGAUGGAAUAUUUAAAUGUGUUCGUAAAAUAUUAUUAUUUGAUGAAUAUCCAUUUGAACAUGAAUUUAUUUUUCAAAUUUCAAAAUCAUUUCCAUUUUAG